CAGAAAAAAACUUAUUAUUUAUUUAUUAUUUUAUUUACACAACAAUUGAUUGAUUGAAUCACCGAUUGAUUUGAUUGUCAGCGGAUUGUUGUCUGUUUGUUGGAAGUGUUGGCCAAAAGAGUGUCAUCACUGGUUUGGAUCAGACAAUAUUGUUUGGUUUUGAUAUUGUUUUGUUUAUUUUAUUUUUUUGGUGACAAACUCGAGGUCGACGAUACCAAUCUGUUGGCCGCACAAUGAGUUUUACAUCGGAUGAGGUAAAUUUUUUGGUCUACCGGUAUCUCCAGGAGUCCGGCUUCAGUCAUUCGGCUUUCGUUUUCGGCGUUGAGUCGCAUAUCGCACAGUCCAAUAUCAACGGAGCUCUGGUACCGCCGGCCGCUUUGCUGUCGAUCAUCCAAAAGGGUCUACAGUUUACCGAAGCCGAGAUCAGUAUCGGCGAAGACGGUGUCGAACGACAAAUCGAUUCGUUAUCACUGAUCGAUGCCGUAAUGCCCGAUGUGGUCAUUACUCGCCAACGAGAGCUCAACUCUCGAGCUGUCGCCGAAAGUAAGGACGUUGUCAUGAGUGAAGACAAUGCAACCAAAACGGCUGACGAACCGAACGCCGCAGCAAAUACUAACGCUAACGCCAAUAAUAAUACGCCGGUUACCCAACAACCGGCCGCUACUGCCGCCACCGCCGCCGCUGCGAACACAUUACAAGAAUCGACAAACAAUAUUGAGAUACCGGCGUCGCGGGCCACUGUUCUUCGUGGACACGAAAGCGAAGUAUUCAUAUGCGCCUGGAAUCCGGCUUCAGAUUUGUUGGCCUCGGGUUCGGGCGAUUCAACGGCCAGAAUCUGGAAUAUGAGUGAAUCGACACAAACAGCACAACAACUUGUUUUGAGACAUUGCAUCCAAAAGGGCGGCACUGAAGUUCCGUCGAAUAAAGACGUGACUUCAUUGGAUUGGAAUUCAGACGGAACACUACUGGCCACCGGCAGUUACGACGGAUUUGCACGCAUUUGGACUACUGAUGGCCGACUGGCGUCAACUCUUGGCCAACACAAGGGACCAAUAUUUGCUCUGAAGUGGAAUAAAAAAGGAAACUAUAUUUUGAGCGCUGGAGUCGACAAAACGACAAUCAUAUGGGACGCAUCUACCGGUCAGUGUACCCAACAGUUUGCCUAUCAUAUGGCACCGGCACUGGACGUGGACUGGCAAACCAAUGUAUCGUUUGCCUCCUGUUCCACCGAUAUGUGUAUUCAUGUCUGUAAAUUGGGUGCCGACAAACCAAUCAAAACAUUUAGAGGUCAUUCAAACGAAGUGAAUGCCAUCAAAUGGUGUCCAUCGGGUUCGCUGUUGGCCUCGUGUUCUGACGACAUGACUCUGAAGAUAUGGUCCAUGAAAGAGGACAAUUGUGUUCAUGAUCUACAGGCCCAUCAAAAAGAGAUUUAUACAAUAAAAUGGUCGCCCACCGGACCCAACACUCAUAAUCCGAAUUUGCCGCUCAUUUUGGCGUCGGCUUCGUUUGAUUCUACCGUAAGACUGUGGGAAGUAGAGAGAGGAACCUGUAUUUACACCCUUACCAAACACUCGGAACCGGUAUAUUCGGUAGCAUUUAGUCCGGAUGGCCGUUUUCUGGCUUCGGGCAGUUUCGACAAGUGUGUACACAUUUGGUCAACACAAAGCGGACAAUUAGUGCAUUCAUAUAAGGGAACGGGAGGUAUAUUCGAGGUGUGCUGGAAUGCCAGAGGCGAUAAAGUUGGCGCCAGUGCUUCGGAUGGAUCGGUGUUUGUUUUGGAUCUUAGAAAGUGAAUAAUUUAAGAUUUUAUUACUAUUUUAUACUUAUAAUAAUCAUUUAUAUACCCU